UAUUGUAUAAUUGUCGUUCAUGUCUGUGAUGAUUUAUAUAUUAUAUUGUUCAAUUUAAAAUGCAUUGAAAUGCAAUGUAAAUUAUAUAUAUGAUUGUAUCACACUAGUGAACAUUCGUUAAUACUUAAUGCUUGCUAGCUAAUUAUUGUCACCAUAUUUUUAUAUUCAUACGGUAAACAGUGUUUUGAGAAAAAAUAUCGAAAGUUAUUAAGUUUUCAUUUGUAGAACGAAGUGCUUUGUACUCCGAGUAAAGUGUUUUUCAUUCGUCAAGGCAUGUAGUUUCUCAACUUAGUUGUGUUCACGCUCUUCAAAUAGGAGAUUGUACGGCAUUUCAUGCAUAAAGAGACCUACAUAUUUAGUUUUUGCGUUUCAUUACGACAAAUUUAAGGUACUGUCCACUCAUAAUUGUGCAUUGAUUAGAGGAGAACAAUUGAACAGUUAUGGCUGAAGACGACGAUAAGGGAUACCGAUGGGAAACGGAAUAUGAGAAAACAUGGGAGAUACUGCAGGAAGAUACUGAGGGUGGCUUGCAGGCCAGUAUAGAUGAUCUGGCACACAAGGCAAAGAGACGGAAACUUUUGGAGAAAAUUACCAAUGUCCGACUUGGAAUGAUGAGGCACAUGUUUAUCAUUAUAGACAUGUCUGCCUCCAUGAAUGAUCAGGACUUGCGACCUACUAGACUUGUUUGCUCCCUGAAGCUGUUGGAGCACUUUAUUGAGGAAUACUUUGACCAGAAUCCCAUCAGCCAGCUGGGUGUCAUUGUCACAAAGAACAAGCGCGCAGAGAAGAUCACAGAGCUAGGAGGUAACCCCAGGCGUCACAUUAGUGCGGUACAGAAGCUGAAGGAGCGGACCUGUCAGGGGGAGCCUUCUCUACAGAACUCUCUGGAACUGGCCAUGCAGACUCUCAGGCACAUGCCUAGCCAUGCCAGUAGAGAGGUGGUGUGUAUAUUUGGCAGUCUGACCACAUGUGACCCUGGAGACAUCCUGGAGACAGUCAAGCUGAUGAGUGUGAACAACAUUCGGUGUUCCAUGGUGGGUCUGGCAGCUGAGGUCCAUAUCUGCAAGCGUCUUUGUACAGACACAAACGGUCAGUACACAGUGAUCCUGGAUGAAGGUCAUUUCAAGGACCUGCUUAACCAGCAUACUAGCCCGCCCCCUGCCCAGAAUAACACAGAAUCUUCUUUGAUUCGUAUGGGUUUCCCACAUCACCAGCUUGGAGGAGAGAAGGACAAACCAGCUAUGUGUAUGUGUCAUUUGGACAGUAAGACAGUGGAAGGGUUCAGCACCACGGGCUACUUCUGUCCACAGUGCAAGAGUAAAUACUGCGAACUGCCCGUAGAGUGUAAAGCAUGUGGUCUGACGCUGGUGUCUGCCCCACACUUGGCUCGCUCCUACCAUCAUUUGUUCCCACUGGAUCAGUCCAUAGAAAUGUCAAGUGCAGACUUUGACCCUGGACAAAAUAUAUAUUGUUAUGGUUGUCAGAUUAAGAUUCGAGAUCCCACCGUAUACAGAUGCAGAAGAUGCAACAACCUGUUCUGUAUAGACUGCGAUAUCUUUGUCCACGAGACCCUUCAUUCGUGCCCUGGAUGUGCAUGCUCCAGGAAGACACAGACUUCUGAGGCAGUGUUCAUUUGAGCCUCGUUCUUGGAAAACAGGGCUAGAUGCAUGUGCGUCAAGUGUCGUCACAGAUUAGCCUGUGCAGAAAGCACAAACUGGGCUAGAUGCAUGUGUGUCAAGUGUCGUCCCAGAUUAGCCUGUGCAGAAAGCACAGGUUAAUCAGGGACGACACUUUCUGCUUUCACUGGAUUUUCACAAAGAAGAAACUUCUUUUUUAGAAAAUAUACCAUAAAAGCAGAAAGUGUACUUCCUGAUAAGCCUGUGCAGACUGCACAGGCUAAUCAGGGAAUACCCUUUAUGCACAUGAAGUUAGCCCAGUUUUAGUAGAAGGCGGCUCAUUUGAUGUUACAUCCUGUGAAGUGUUACCUCCUGUUUGGCGGCUUGAUUGAAGAAGGGACAUUCCCAUUGUAGAUUGUGUCUAAUACCUUACAUAUUGUGUCUAAUACCUUACAUAUUGUGUCUAAUACCUUACAUAUUGUGUCUAAUACCUUACAUAUUGUGUCUAAUACCUUACAUAUUGUUCAUUGUAGAUUGUGUCUAAUACCUUACAUAUUGUUCAUUGUAGAUUGUGUCUAAUACCUUACAUAUUGUUCAUUGAAAUUCGAAAUGACCUAUCAGCAUAAGUGCCAAGAUGGCCUAUAAGCCCUACAGACUUCUUUACAGAUGAAUGUGCAUCGAAAGUGAAAAUGACAUGUCAGCAUGUGUCAGCAUAUGUGUAGAAAACAACUGUAAGCCCUUGUCUUUGUUUUAUGAAAGCCAAAAUGGCCUAUUAACAUAUCUGCAAAGACGUCUGAUAACCCUUAAUUGGCCUCACCAGUUCAUUGUCCAGUGAAAGCCAAAAUGUCCAAUCAGUAUGUGUACAAAUGUGGCUAAUGAGCCUCUCUGACCGUGAACAGAUAAUUGUAAUACUUAAGCCCGAAUGGUUUAUCAGCAAAUAAGUCUCAAUAGCUGAUUGUUCCAUGAACGCCAAAAUGCCCUAUGAACAUGCAUGGCAGAUAAGACCUUGGUCUCAAAUGACAAAGUCGUCAAAACAUGCUAGUAACUUAUUUCUUUUCUGAACAGAUAUUCAUAAUGUUCAUUUUGUGUUGGUAAAUCACUGCCCUAAAACAAAGAUAAUUCAAUAUCUUAUGAUGUUUGUAGCUUUUUAUGCCCCCUGUAAGGUGGCAUAUAGCAGUUGAACUUUCAGUCCGUCUGUCUGUCUGUCUGUGUGUCCGUCCGAAAACUUUAACAUUGGCCAUAACUUUUGCAUUAUUGGAGAUAGCAACUUGAUAUUUGGCAUGCAUGUGCAUCUCAUGAAGCAGCACAUUUUGAGUGAUGAAAGGUUAAGGUCAUCCUUCAAGGUCAAGAGUAAAAAAUACAAUCCAAGGGAAGAAAUAAGCUUUAAAAGGGAGAUAUUUUCUAAACCUGCCAAAUGAUAUACAUGUAUUGAAAUUUUAUUUCAAAGCGGCGCAAUAGGGGGUAUUGUGUUUCUGACAAACACAUCUCUUGUUUGACGUAAAAACGACCGAUGAUUUUAAAGUUUACUAACGAGAGCUGUCAUCUAUUCAACUGAAUGUUUGAAACAGUACAGACUUUUGUGGCAUUAAUAGUUGCAAUAUUAUACUCGAGCUCUGUAGUUUUGAACAUCUGGAAAGCCUGGUUCUGGAAAACCGUGCUUAAUGCAUGUGAGUAGUGUCACCCCAGACAAGCCUGCGCGGUCCGUACGGGCUAAUCAGGGACGACACUUCCAGCUUUUAUAAAAAAAACAUUCUUUUGAAGUAAGCCUCUUCUUAGCAGAAAGUCCAGAUUAGGCAGACAGUGUCGUCCCUGAUUAGGCAGACAGUGUCGUCCCUGAUAAGGCAGACAGUGUCGUCCCUGAUAAGGCAGACAGUGUCGUCCCUGAUUAGGCAGACAGUGUCGUCCCUGAUAAGGCAGACAGUGUCGUCCCUGAUUAGGCAGACAGUGUCGUCCCUGAUUAGGCAGACAGUGUCGUCCCUGAUAAGGCAGACAGUGUCGUCCCUGAUUAGGCAGACAGUGUCGUCCCUGAUAAGGCAGACAGUGUCGUCCCUGAUAAGGCAGACAGUGUCGUCCCUGAUAAGGCAGACAGUGUCGUCCCUGAUAAGCCGGUGCAGACGACACUUGCUUAUCUGGGACGGCACUUCAAUGUACAUGCACUAAGCCCAAAUAUCCCAGGUCGAGGCACUGUAAGUCUGAAACGUAUGAACAAACAUUGAUCUUUUGUAUGAAUUGUUUGUUAAAGAUUUGCCUGUUGUCGUUGCAUUUGCGUGUGUAUUUGCUCAUACAUUUGUAUGAUAAUAAAGACGUUUACACUUUAA